UUUGCACCCCUACCAGCGCGCUCCCGUGCCGUGGCCGUACUCCUGCCCAGGCGCCCAGCCGCGACGGCGGCCGCCCUCCGUCGCACCUCCCCAACCUCCUCCCCAACAGACCUCGCUCCUCCGCCCUCACCGCGACUCCCCGCCCGCCGCGCUUUCGCUUUUAACCCCUUCUCCGGCGUCGCGCCGUUUCCGCCGUCAGCAGCGGCUCGUCGCCAGUGCCCGCGCCGGUGGAGCUCGGGGAGGCCGAGUCGGAAGAGUGGACCGUAUCAGCGGUGGUGGGCGUCGUCCACUGGUCCCGCGCCGGGAUUCCUGCAGCCCUAGCUCUUGUUAGAGAGAAACCCUAACCCUAGCUCAGAUGAGCCGCCGCCGUUACUCGCUGGCGCCAGCGCCUCCGCUGGACGACGAGUUCCUUCUGGAGGAGAUCCUCCUCCGCCUCCCUCCGCAGCCCUCCUCGCUUCCACGCGCCUCUCUCGUCUGCAAGCUUUGGCGCAGCAUCCUCUCCGACACCCAAUUUCUCAAACGAUUCCGGAAACACCACCGUGAGCCUCCUCUGCUCGGCUUCUUCACAGGGCAUAUUGCCGCGCAACCUCUCUUCACUGCCGCCCUGGACUCACCUGACCGCAUCCCUCACACCCGCUUUUCCGUGCCGCAGAGAAACCACCCAGGUGAGAAGUGGUUCUUCAUGGGCUGCCGUCACGGCCUCGCCAUCCUGAUCAAUGGCAAUGAGCCCGAGGUUGUCGUGUGGGAUCCCCUCACCGGCCAACAGCACCGCGUGCCAUUUCCAUCGGGUAUGGACAAUAGACGGGGGGAUUCCUUUCAGGCCGCCGUGUUGUGCGCUGAUGCUGAAGAUGAGCAUGUGCACGGAGAUUGCUUCUUUUGUCCGUUUAAAGUGAUUUUGGUUUGUACCGGAUACAAGCAUGCAUUCGGUUCUCUCUACAAUUCCAAGUCUGGUGUAUGGGGAAAUAUUGCCUCGACGGCGACUACUGAUGAGUUAUCUAUAAGGCCCAGCAUCCUCAUUGGGAAUGCAGUUUACUGGUUGUUUUGUGGAGGUGAUAUCCUUGCCUUUGAUAUUGAAAGGCAAACCCUUGGUGUGAUUCAGAAGCCGCCAGGCUCUCAGACUGCCGACUGCUGGUCCUUUCAGCUCUUACGGACAGAUGAUGGUACUGCCCUUUGCUUUGCAAAUCUGUCAAAACUGAGAAUAUAUAUAUGGGUGAGGAAAAUGAACUCCUAUGGUAUCGCGAGAUGGGCGCUGCAGCAGAAAUUCAUUAAAUUGGAUGUGCUCUUUCCACAAAGAAUGGAUAACGGCUACAAAAAGGCGACAAUGGUGGGGUAUGAUGAGGAGUCAAAUGUGAUUGUUCUGGGUAUGUAUCUUGGUGACUUCAUGCUUCAACCUGAGUCAAUGCGGUUUACAAGAUUUUCUAAAAGAAAUUCCUGGGAUAACAAGAUGCAUUACCCCUACACAAAUUUCUACACUGCAGGAAGGGGAGUUGGGUGGAAAUGGUUGGAUCUGAAAUUGUGAACACACGGGACCUGGUGAUGUGCUAUGGUGGUUGAACAGGUCUGUAGGUAUUUAAUGGGGUUGAUGAAGCUUAUGAAGCCACUGUCCGCCUUGCUUCGCUUUGAUACUCGCUCUUUGUUCUGUUCAUUCCUGGUGAAGAAGGCGUUUGAUAGUAGCUUGAACACUGUCAUUCUUAUGACUCGCUCUACGACUGUUGGUAAUGGCCACUUGCCUAGCCCCAAUUGCUACUUCAGAGUAAGGUUUGUCAGGAACCACUGAACCUUCGUCUUUCAGGUAGAACAUGAUGCCACACCUCUGCAAGUUUAUUUGAAAAGCCACUCUCAUGUUGAUGAUAUAUUUGCAUGAUGGUUUCCAGCUCUUGAAAAAUAUCUCUCCAAUGUUCGUUAAGGAUCUAUGUGAUACAAUUGUAUUUCAGUAUCUGGAAAUUUGCCGCUGAUAAUUUCUCAUACUUGGAUUCGUGGAGUGCAAGAACCAAGAUGCACAAAGGGUAACAGUAACUUCGGUCUAUGUUAAGUGCAAUAGAGGAGACAAGGCAAAAUAAUGUUCUGAUUCUUUUGUUAUGGUCUGAAUUGUAGUUUUGUAAAGAGGUUAAUUUGAGGAUAUUAACAAUUUAUUCUUAAAUGCUAUUCCAAUUCUGGAUCUUCCAUUUAAAAUCUUCUUCUGAAUUACACUAAAAGUUUGUUUUCGGUUUUGCAUUUUUAGAAGAAACAAAAUGCUUGCACAUUAUCUAUUCUCUCUCGAAUGUAUGCCUCUGCUAAAUUUUGUCCUUUCACCUAUAAUGGUCUGGGCUGCACUACAAUGGGUUUCUUCAUACAAAUUUUGCAUAUCUUCUAACCAAAGAAAAUGAUUCCGAUAUUUAUAGACCCUAAGUUGCUCUAUUUUCUCUUCUAUGUAUAUUUUCUGCAAAUUUUUCCAUUUUUCAUGAAAAAAGGUCUUGUCUGCACUCGAAACUGAUUGCUUGAGCCCCUGUGUAGGUUUACCUCCCAUCUAUAACGUUCUUUUUGUUGCAGCUUCUCGCAUUAUGAGUUCUCAUGGUUUUGGGGAUUUUGUUGACUAAUUCAGUGUGGAUCAUCUGACCUGCAUUUUUUGGGAUUUUGUUGACCAUGUUUUCGCAGCUACCCGGGAAAUUGUGGAGACCUCGAGGUCGGUGGGCUUUCUCGCGUUGCAGCUACCUGAGGUCUGCUGGCAUAACGUUUUUCUUUUAGCGUGUGGCUAUGUGUAUAGUGUGGUGGUCUUCUGCUCUGUGGUGAUACUCAGAGAGCAUGUUCUCUGUAUUUAACUUGUGCACUCUCGAAGUGUUGCCCUGUACUGCUGCUGCUUAUUCCUAACAAAAGUUUGGCCUGAGGCCCUUUGGUUUA